AAAAAAUAGAAAGCACUACACAUUUUAUUUAUUUUAAGGAAAAGGAGAAAGGGGGAGAGUGAAUCCCCGGGUAACUUGAGCCGCUAAGCUCCGCCCAACUCGCUCUUGUUACAUUGCUCAUCUUUCUCUCUUCUUUGCUUCCCUCAGAAGUCUGUGUUUCUUACAUAAACCCCCACUCCCCACCCUCCACAUUUCAAUUUCAAUUUCAGAGAGAGAGAGAGAGAGAGAGAUGUCGGACUGGGGCCCGGUGUUCGUUGCGGUGGUGCUGUUCGUGCUGCUGUCGCCGGGACUGCUGUUCCAGGUGCCGGGGCGGAACCGGUUCGUGGAGUUCGGCAAUUUCCAGACCAGCGGAGCUUCCAUUCUCAUUCACGCCACUCUCUACUUCGCCUUAAUCUGCGUCUUCUUGAUUGCUAUUGGCGUUCACCUUUACAUGGGCUCCUGAUUCGUCUCAAUCUUAUCCCCAAGCCCAUGGUUUUUUCCCUUCCACUUUCUAUUUUUUUUUUAGGCUUUGAUUUGGAGAUUCAUAAAUUGCAAUGAAAUUUAAUGAUGGUUGGAUUGAAUUAUUUUGAAUAUUUUUCUAAGAUUGUAUUGGAAACUAUAAAUUCUGUUGAAUUAUUUAAUGCAUGAAUGAGUUCAGAAGAUAAUUAA